AUGGGGAAGGGGUUUUUCACGAUCAAAUUUAAGUGCAUGGAAGAUAAGAAGAUAGCGAAAUCGAAGUCGGUGAUUGAGCUUUCUUCUGGAUACGUUAGACUCCGCGAAUGGACCAAAUUUUUUGAUCCUUAUAAGGAAUCUUCAUCGUUGGCACAAAUAUGGGUUCGGAUCUACAACCUGCCUUUGGAAUUCUGGCACCCUGAAGUCAUUGCUGUGGUUGGGCGUGCGGUCGGACAUCCUAUACGUAUGGAUAGUAGUUCAGCGUCGGGGGAAGUCGGGCACUUCGCGCGUAUUCUGAUUGAAGUUGAUCUUACCUUGCCCCUUCUUGAUGGGGUUUAUGUGGAUGAAGGAACCUCUUCCUGUUUUGUGGAGUUCAGCUACGAGUCUAUUCCGCCUUUUUGUUCUCGCUGCAGAAUCACUGGGCACACAGCGGAUAAGUGCAAAAGGAAACUGAAGGUCAAUCCGAAUAUUGUGAAGGGCCAACGGCGGGCGGAUACGGUUGCUAUACCUUCCUGGCAACCGAAGGAGACGACUGAGGAGAUCGUCGACACUGAGGACGAAACGAAUAAGGAGAACCUUGCUGUGGACACUAAUUCCCCUUUGUCCAAAGAAAAGGAGGAUACUGAGAAAAACCCUUCGGUGGCUCCUUCACCUUCGACCAAUGAUAAGGUGGAUGCUGGGACUAAUUUUAGCCCCCAAUCCAAUCGCUUCAAUGCCCUAACUGGCUUCCAUGAAGAGGUGCAGGGAGAUUGUUCGUUUGAAGGGGCAGACAAGGUGGAGAUGACUGGUCUGAAUCCCUUGGCGUUGGUUACUAAACCUGUGGACACUUCACAGCCUUUCCAAAUUGAAGAACUCCAGGGAAAGAUUAUUGAUCCGAGCGCCGGGUUUGCGGAGAAGCGGGAUCAGUUGAAAAAUGACGAGGACUUGAAAGUUAUAGCAGCUGAGCAGGCGUUAAAAAUUCAAAGACUGGAGGAUUACAUUAACGCUCGAGAGGCUAGAGAGGCGGAGGGAGAGACGAUCGGGCAUGUUAAAAAAUGA